AUGACCAGUCCCUCGAAGGAAUUGCGCUCCGACGACGUCCAGGACGUCCCCAUCGCAGACGGUGACGAUGAAGAGCUCGACCAUGAUGGCGAGUACUCUACCGCAGAUCAAACCCCUCUCUCGAUGACCCCCGUGCCCAGCGCAGGAGCCGCUUCGCAGACAAAUUCGAAAGUGAAAAAACCAGAACAUAAUACGCCUACAAAACAGCAACCCCAGCAGUUGACGAAGAUGCCCAUGCACUUACUGGAAAAACGUCGACAAGGACGUCUCAAAGCUGCUGAACAGUAUGCUCAGAAGAUGAAAACCGUGGGGAUAGAACGCAGGGAUAACAGCGCAAUUCAUCAAAAUGGACUUUUCCGCGCUCUGUCGUUGAUUAACCAGAAAAACUACUCUUCUGACUACCUCAAGCGAGACGAUCAGAUUUUCGCCAUGCGUGAACGCAAAGAGCUCAGAAACGCAACUUCGUCCCAGAAUAAUCCUGAAAACCCGGUGGACGACGACGAUCAGGAUAGUACAGAUGAAGAGGGCGAAAACAAUACCAUUGUUAUACACCCGGGGUCCAGGUCUCUCAAGAUUGGGUUUGCUACAGACGUGUUGCCGCAGUCUAUUCCCAGCUGCGUUGCCAUACCGAGACCCGCAGGCGUGUCUGAUGCGCCAGUAGUCUCGACGCCUUUUAAUCAUGAAGUUUACAAUGAGGCAAAAGAUAGCAUUCAACAAGAUUUCAAAGAGAGAAUGAGAUAUUACAAACGCAAGAUCAUGCCCAAUUCCCAUGAGGCUGUUGUUAAUUUCAACGCUAGGGUCCAGCCUGAAAAAAUUCCCGAGCACAACGACCUUCAUCGUGUAGAGUGGUUUCAACAGCCCUCCAAAGUCUACUAUGGAGAGGAAGCUACUAGGUGCCUGCCCUCAAACUUCAUAGUAAGACAUCCGUUUUGGAAGGGUAAAUUCAACGUGGAAUCUCCACAGUAUCGAUCUUUACAAGAACUGUUGUCUGACGUCUGUGAACUUUUAAAAUUUGCUCUGAUGCAUCCAAAACUAAACAUAAAAGAGUCUCAGAUUCCAAAUUAUAAAGUGGUUGUGGUUAUACCCGAUGCCCACGAUAAGGCAUAUGUCGAGUCAUUCAUACGGCUUCUGCUAAUUGAUUUGAAAUUUCAAGCUGUGGCCAUAUUACAGGAAUCGCUCGCAUCAUGCUACGGCGCUGGUAUAGGCGACUCUACUUGUGUUGUUGACAUCGGUGCUACAACCACUAAAAUUGCAUGCGUUGACGAGGGUCUCGUUGUCGACAACAGUAUUAUAUCUCUGGAUUUUGGCGGAGAUGACGUUACACGUUUAUUUGCAAAAUUUCUCUCAGAGUCCAAAUUUCCUUACAGUGACAUCGAUUUGAACAGUCCUCAAGGUUGGAGUUUGAUCGAUUCUCUGAAGGAAAAAUACGCUACCUUUCAGGACGCAAAUGUUACCAUUCAACUUUACAACUUCAUAAAACGAAUUCCCGGAAAGCCUGGUGCCGAAAAGUUUGAAUUCAAGGUAUUUGACGAAGUUAUGACAGCGCCCAUGGGCCUAUUCUUCCCCGAAAUUUUCCCGGUAUUAAAAACGCACGAACAACCGGCGAAUCAAUACGUUUCAAAUCAACUACCUCGCUCUAAAGAUCUUUUCACUUACAAGGACAAUAACACCAAAUCGAUAAGCCAGCUUUCGUGUCAAAAAGAAACAUCCUAUUGUGAUCUGGGUCGUGAUCUUGAUAUUCUACAGAAACUUUUGAAUUUGCCCUCUGAAAUUGAGGAAUAUCAACAUGCCACGAUAGCAAAUCUCAAUCCCACUUACACUGCAUUGGAAAAAGCCAUUAUUGAAAGCAUAACGAAUGCGUGUGUGUGUCUCGAUAACAACUAUUCCAAGGCGACAAAUUUUUAUUCAAAUAUUCUGGUUGUUGGUGGAAGUUCAAAGUUUCCGAGUUUGGAUUUCAUCUUAACUGAUCGAAUCAACAUUUGGCGACCACGACUGCUCAGUAUAAGCACUUUACCUGCCUUUCAUGAUAAAAUCGCAAAGCAGGUGAAGGAGUUUGAACAAACGAAUAAGUUGGGGGACAUCAAAGAUCAAGAGGAAUUGGCAACACAGAAAAAGAAGCUUGCCAAAAACAUCAAAAUGGAGCUUCAGUCGUAUUGGGAAGGUAUUGACGCUCUUGGUGGAAAUGAGAGUUUGUUUCCCAUAAACGUAUUGCCUGCCCCACGAGAAAUGGACCCUUCCUUGUUGACUUGGAAGGGCGGCAGCGUAUUCGCUCGACUAAAGCUAAUUGAGGAACUUUAUGUUACAGCAAGCGAUUGGGACAUACUCGGCAGCAGGAUUCUACAAUACAAAUGCAUUUUCGAUUAUUGA